AUGAUAUUCCAACGAUACCUUACCUUGCCACUAGUACAAGUAGUAGUUGUGGCAACCACCAUUAUCUGCCUGUCGACGAGAAGUGAAGCUGAAACCACGGCGGACAUGUGCAAGGAAACCGACUACCCGGGCGUCUGCAGCACAGCUUUGCAGGACGUAAAGACAGGAGGUGGAUUCGAGGAUGCAACGAGUGUGGCCAUCCAGGCCUCCAUUGCUCAAAUAAACCAGGCAAAGAGCAAGGUGCUUAGUCUCAUGAAGACCGAAACGGAGGAGGGAAAGUUGUUCCUGGAUGUGUGCAGAGAAGUGUACCAAGACGCCUUGGAUAACCUUACAGCAUGUGACAGCGACCUCAAGGAGAAGUCCAGGGGUGGCUUGGAAGAUAAACUCUCUUCUGCUCUCUCAGACAUUGGCACUUGCGAUGAUACCUUAAACGAGACUACCAACCUUGCUAGCGCCCCCCCUGUUCUCAAAUACAACGAUGUCAUAGAAAAGCUUGUCACCGACGCCUUGGCUUUGGCUAGUAAAAUAUAA